AUGAAAUUAGCAAUUAGUAUACUCAGUAUUUUUUUCCUUAUCACAACAAUUGGUGCUCCUCCAGUUGGUGAAAAUGUGAACAAAAACAAAAAAACGGUUGAUUCAAAAGAAGAUAGUUCGGAUGAAGCGUUAAACAAUCUUGAAUACAGUCGCUAUUUAAAAGAAGUCGUAGAAAUUCUAGAGAAUGAUCCAGAAUUUAAAAAGAAACUUGAGAAUGCAUCACUAGAUGAUAUAAAAUCAGGUAAUAUUGCUCAACAUCUUGGCCUUGUUCAACAUCAUGUACGAACAAAACUUGAUGAAGCAAAACAACGUGAAAUGGAUCGAUUAAGAGAAUUAGUUGGACGAAGAAUACGUAAUUUAAGCGAAAAAGAACGAAUGGAACUAGCUCGAGGCAAUCCAAAUGGCAAAAAUAUAAAAGAUUUACUUCCUCAACAUAUUGAUCAUCAAAAUUCUGAGAAUUUUGCUGAAGCCGAUCUUGAACGUUUAAUUCGUCAUGCUUCGAAAGAUUUAGAUGAAAUCGAUCGACAACGUGAACGAGAAUUCAAAGAAUAUGAAAUGAGAAAAGAAUUCGAACGUCGUGCAAAACUAACUGAAAUGAACGAAGAAGAACGUAAAAAGCAAGAGACGUUACAUCAAGAAGCAGUGGAAAAAAAGAAACAUCAUCCAAAAGUCAAUCAUCCGGGUAGUGUAGAUCAAAUGGAAGAAGUUUGGGAAGAUGUUGAUCAUCUUGAAGCCGAUCAAUUUAAUCCAAAAUCAUUUUUUAAAUUACAUGAUGUUAACAGUGAUGGAUUUUUAGAUGAAGGAGAAAUUGAAGCAAUUAUGUUAAAAGAGGCAGAAAAAAUUCACGAGAAUACACCAGAAGCUGACCCUAUUGAAAAACAAGAAGAAAUGGAUCGAAUGCGUGAACACGUCAUGAAAGAAUUCGAUAAAAAUAAUGAUCGUAUGCUUUCAUUUGACGAAUUUGAACAUGGAAUGAAUGGAACUGAAGCUAAGAAUGACCAAGGAUGGCAGUCUCUUGAAGACAGUACGCCCUAUUCCGAUCAAGAAUUUCAAAGUUUCUCCGAUCAACUGAUUCAUGCACGUGGGUCUGAUGCUUCUCAGCCGCAUAAUCCACCUCCCGCCAAUGCAGUACCAUCAUCGCCACAAGAACAUAUUCCACGAGCUCCACCGUCGAUGAACAGUCACUAG